AUGACGCACCAACAGCGACGAGUGGCACCGGUCGAAUGUCCGUUGGCUUCGCUGGGACGCAACACGCCCUCGAUGGACACCCGUCAGUAUCAUCAUCCGCUCAGCUCCAGCCCACUAGACCCACAGGCCUACCAGAUGUCUCGCAGCUCACCCAUACUGACGCUCGAUUCCGACCUUUACCCGCCGGAUACCGGUGGCCUAAUGUCGACGGGAUGCAAGGGCGAACAACCGCCGGACGGUGUCGUACCGGAUGGCGGUGGUGGUGGUGUUAGCAACGGUUCACUACUUUCCCGCAGUUCUUCCUCCUCGCUCGAUCAAAACGGUUCCUUUCUGCAUCCAGCACUGCCGCUGCCACCGCAUCCACCGCCCACAGUCAACGGGCACCACGGGCACCGACGGGACUAUCGGCCGGUGCGGCCACGGACGUACACUCCAAUCGAUGCACUGCUAACCAACACCUACCAGCAGCACCACCAGCGACUCUCGCCGGUGUUGCGUGGCACCCAGGGCGGCUACCACCAUCCAGACGAGCCGCCCCCGCCGGGAGUGCUGGGCGGGCUGUCCGAAGCGGACCGGUACUUUCUCGAGGAGAAGAUGGACGCGCUCUACAUUCAAGGUGCCAUUCGGCGCAAUGCCAACGCCACACCGUCCAGCCUGACACGGAAUCAGUCUAGCAGCAGCAACAACACCGAACGGUACUACCUCGAAAACGAAAACAUCGAUGCGAUCUACAACUUCUGCCGACGCAACGUGAACGGUGGGGCGGUGGGUUCGGUCGCGGCCCACAACGCGCACAACUCCGCGUCGCAAACCUCGUCCCAGGCACAGUCGCAGGUGGACUGUCUCGAUUCCAGUUCGCCCCAUCUGCUGCGGCGUGCGUCCAGUCCGGAGACGAGCGGUUCCGAUCGCUACCUGCUCGAUCGGAUACGUGGCUCGCCGGCCUUCCACAGUCCACGGGGGACACACUUAAAGACCGUUGGGUCGGGAGAUUUCAUCGAUGGGAGAAUUCCACUCACCAAAUCGCAACACUACAACGAUGGGCUUUCGCGAUACGGACGAUUCUCGCCAAAUCUCGACCAAGGCUACCACACGCUCGUCUCACCAUCGCCCUCGGGACAGCAGCAGUCAUCGAUACCGGCCUCAUGGACAACGGCCGGUAACCACGGUUCUGGCGGUGGCACCAACUCAACCUCCUCCAGUCACGGAAGUCCGGCACAAACGAACACGCCCGUGGUUGGUGGAACCGGUGGCAACGGUAUCAGUGCCCGACCCGACGCUACAACCAUUCUGACCAGCCUCGGCAAUGGACACGGCACCAGCCUGUACCGGUCCGGUCCCCUGUUCGACCGCGUACCGGACGAGCUGAUGGUGCGCAUUUUCGAAUGGCUAGACAGUAGCGAACUGUGCAAUAUUGCUCGGGUUUGCCGACGGUUUGAAUCGGUCAUCUGGAAUCCGGCCCUGUGGAAGAUCAUCAAGAUAAAAGGCGAAGAAAACAGUGGCGACCGUGCCAUCAAAACCAUCCUACGAAGGCUUUGCGGUCAGACGCGUAACGGUGCCUGUCCCGGGGUGGAGCGGGUGCUGCUGGCCGACGGUUGCCGGCUGACGGACCGUGGGUUGCAACUGCUGUCCCGACGCUGCCCGGAGAUCACGCACCUGCAGAUCCAGAACAGCGUUACCAUCACGAACCAGGCACUGUCGGAUCUGGUAACCAAGUGUACAAACCUGCAGCAUCUAGACAUAACGGGUUGUGCCCAAAUUACGUGCAUUACCAUCAAUCCAGGCCUGGAACCACCGCGACGACUGUUGCUCCAAUAUUUGGACCUAACCGAUUGUGCAUCGAUCUGUGACGCUGGUAUCAAAGUCAUCGCCCGUAACUGUCCGUUGCUGGUCUACCUAUAUCUUCGACGGUGCAUACAAGUGACAGAUGCCGGGCUUAAGUUUAUUCCAAACUUCUGUAUAGCGCUGCGCGAACUCAGCGUCUCGGACUGUACCAGCGUGACGGACUUUGGGCUGUACGAGCUGGGGAAACUCGGUGCUACCCUGCGCUACCUUUCCGUUGCCAAAUGCGACCAGGUGUCGGACGCGGGGUUGAAGGUGAUCGCCCGAAGGUGCUACAAGCUGCGCUAUCUGAAUGCACGCGGUUGCGAAGCGGUCAGCGACGACUCGAUCAAUGUGCUCGCCCGCUCCUGCCCACGGUUACGAGCGCUCGACAUUGGCAAGUGUGAUGUGAGCGAUGCCGGGCUGCGGGCUCUCGCCGAAAGCUGUCCGAACCUGAAGAAGCUAAGCCUGCGGAACUGCGAUAUGAUCACGGAUCGGGGGAUACAGUGCAUUGCGUACUACUGCCGGGGGUUGCAGCAGCUCAACAUACAAGAUUGUCAAAUCUCGAUCGAAGGGUACCGGGCGGUAAAGAAGUACUGCAAACGGUGCAUUAUCGAGCAUACCAAUCCUGGCUUUUGCUAG